ACACAAAAUAUUUGGUGAAUAUCUUUGUUCAUUAAUCUUGUGCAUACCAUUUUUAUUUUCCUCUUCAAAUUCCAAUUCUUCAAAGCAAACGAUUGCGUCAGAUCUCAUCAACCGACAUCCAACAACAACCCUAUACUCAAUUAACAUCAUCCUCCAGAUCCACUAUCUAUCUUCGAAUGUACCCAGUGUUUAGAUGUCGUUGAUUGAAGCUUGUUAUCAAACCUAAGGCUGUUCGGAAUGGACAAGAAGCCGAACCGGACCGAUCUUCUUACUGCUGGCCGCAAAAAGCUUCAACAAUAUCGUCAGAAAAAGGAUAAUAAAGGGAAGGAUGGGAAAGGAAAAGAUGGAAAAACCAGUAACAGGUCAACCAGUAAAGCUGAUAAACCUGAAGAAAAUGAUGCUGGUGCGAAUUUGGUUUCUUCCGCUAAUACGAUGAAAGCAGAGUCAUCGCAAGUUCCUGCAGUGGAAAUCGAAUCAUCAGAAAAUUCUUUGGAUUUUUCAGUUGAUACUCAUAAGCCUUUGGAUAAUUCAGAGGGUGUAUCUGCUGAUUCUCAGAAUAAUGGGGACCCAACAGGCUUGGAUUCUGUGUCAGCAGAGAAGGCAUUGAAUCAUGAACUUGACUGUACUACUCCCAAUGAAGAAAGAGAGGUUGAGAUAAAGGCUCGUGAAGUUGAAGGGUCUGAGACAUCAGGGUCUACUGAAUUCAACACAGUCCAUGUUGAUGUUUUGGCUCCCAGUCCUGAAUCUGCCCCUGAUGCAGAAUCUAUUGCUGAAAUGGUUGCUGCUGAUUCUGUUGAAGUGAAGAGUCUGCUCGAGGGAGAUCAGGUAUCAGUUGUAGGGGCAAUGCAGGAUGCUGACAGUUUUGAUCCGACGCAUUCUGAUAGAAGUGUUGAGCUGGAGCUGGGAAGAGAUGAAAUGCCUCCAGUAUCAAAUGCCAACAGCGAAAAAUUGAUCGCUCUGCAUCCUGAGGUGGAGUUUGGUGUUUCUGCUGCUGCAAUCAGUGGGUUCGUAGGUGAUCAUGAAACUGUUGAGGUUUCUAUUCCCGCUGAGACAAUCCCUGCGGUUCCCAAAACAGCAAGUUUGACGGAACUGAAUCGGCAAGGAGAAGAUGUGACGAACAGGUCAUUUGAUGAAAAUUCAUUUUAUUUGCAAUCUGUGACUGAAUCAAGAUAUUUUGAAAGAGAGGGAAAUCAUGCUCAUUUUAAUCAGAUAGCUGUUGAAGGGUAUGAUGAGACUAAUUUACUGGAAGGGUCUGGUGUAGUGGAUGUUAAAAGUCACAAAGAUGUUGAGAGCAAUCUUGGAGACUCUAUGGAGAACCGAUCUAUGGGCUCUGGUGUACAAAGCAACCCCUUGUACCUGGUUCAGCUGGCUGAGGUGCUGAAGAGGCUCCCCGAAGGUGAUUUUAGGUACUUGAUCAAGUCAAGAGAAAUAACAGAUCAGGGCAACUUUUCUGUGCCCAGGAAUGGGAUGGUUGCUCUUUCUGAGACAAUACAGGAGCAGCUUUAUCUAGCAAACAUUUCAAAAGACUUUUUUUACUUGCAACUUCUUGAGCAAAAUGAUUCCAAAACUGAUUAUAAUCUUGAUGAAGUACCUGCUCUUACUGCAUUGCUUACAAAUGUUCAAGAAUGUAAUAAAAACCUUAGUGUAGAGCUUGCUCAGUGUAGAUCUGAACUGGAGGUUGCUAUCAGUGAGAAGCUGAAUUUUCAGAACAUGUAUCAUUAUGCCAAGGAAGAAAGUGCGGAAUCUUCUGCCAAAGUUGAUGAGCUGGAGAUCAAAUUGGACGACUCUGUCACGCACAUCUCCAGUCUUUCUGCAGAUUUGGCAAACUCUAAGGUUUUAUUGGAAGCUUCACAGUCGGAGCAUGAAAAGCUAUUGAAAAGUUUAGAAUCUGUGUCCGAGCAGCGGAAAAAAUUUGAGGAGGCAAUGCAACAUUAUUCUCAUGAAAAUCAAAAACUUUCAGUGGAUAUGGCUGAUAGUAGUGCUCAAUUGGACACAUUGAAGCAGGAAAUUACCAACUUGAAAGUCAUUCUUGCUUCUGUUACUGAUGAGAGGAAGAAGUUUGAGGAGGAAAAGGUGCUUCUUUCUCAUGAAAAGGAGAUGCUUUUAGGAGAUUUGGCAGAUUGCAGGAGAGUGAUUCUGACUUUACAGCAAGAAAAUUCUGGUUUGAAUACAAGCCUUGCAGUCUUGAUUGAAGAGAGCAAGGAACUGAAGGACCACGAGGAGUUUCUUGUCCAGGAGUUUGGGAGAAUUUCUACUGAACUUGUUUAUUACCAAGAUAAGAUGUCAAUGCAAUAUCAGGAGCAUGUCCAGCUUGAGGCUGAACUGAGAGAAGCAAUGUCACGUCUUGAACAAAUAUCUGAGGAAAAUAUCGUUCUCCGCAGCAGCUUGGAAAUUCAUAAAGCUAGAAUAGCUGAGAUUGAUAGCAGUCAAAUUCAGCUUUCUUCUGUAGGGACUGGAUCCAGGACUGAUAUUCAAAUAGCUGAUACUGGUGAUUCUGUGGAAAAUUUUGCAACAGAAGACACUGAAGCUGGAUUACCGUCAGUUUCUCCUGCAGCUGGAAAUGGCUCUGAUGCCACAUCCCUUAGUGAGCUGCAAUCUGGUUUCAGUGAGGGCACUUUAACACUAAAGCGAUAUCUGGAGGAGGCUGAGAAAUUGAUGCAAAAACUUGAAAAGGAAGUUGACGGCAUGCAUUCCCACUCAGUAUCUCUUAGUCGGUUAUCUGGUAAAAAUACAGCUCCAGGAGUAUCGAAACUGAUUCAAGCUUUUGAGACCAAAGCUAAUAGUGACGACCACGAACCUGAGGAAAGGCUCUCAACUGAAAGUGUGGGGCUUCUUGAUCCUUAUUUUGCUGCAAAGGAGCAAAUAAGUUGUUUGGGAGAUGUAUUUCAGGCCCUGGCUCAGAAUGUUGAAAAUGUGGAUGCUCUGAUCAUGGAUGAAAGUAGUAGAUGUAAAGCUGCUAUCGUCGCCUGUGGGGAGCUUGAGGUUGAAGUUGAAUCUCUAAAGGGCAUCAGUUGUAAUCUUGAAGCAAGAAACAUUGAGCUGGAAGUAAUUUGCGGAGUUAUGAAUCAACAUGCACAUGAUACUGAAGCAAAGAAAACCCAGCUUGAAGAUUUAUGUGAAGUCCUAAAUAGACAAUAUGCAGAUUCACAGUUGCAGAAUAUUGAACUUCAUAGGAAAUUGACUGACACUCAAUCUAGAAUUACUGGAUUGCAGGAUCAGCUGAAGGAGUUACGAAAAAGCUCGGUUGAGGUGGCCUCUAUGAUUCUUAAUGAAUUCGAAGCUUUGCAAAGGGAAAUGAGAGAGCAUAUAUAUUCAGUAGAGAGGGAAUGGAAUUCUUCUUUUGCUGAGUUAGUUCCGAUGGUUCAGAAGCUUGAUACAGUUGUUAAAUCUGUCGCUACGUACCCUUUUCCAUCUGAGGUGAGCCAUGAUAUGAAUAUAUUUGGCCGCUUUUCUGUCUCCGUAACUGCUGCCUGUGAAGUGAUUCAAGAUUGGAAGUCAAGGCUAGAAGCUCAUGAUGAACUUUCUAGCUCAUAUACGGAAGUAGAGGAAAAGCUGUGUGUUGUUAAUGAAGAACGCAGUUUUGCUAUUGGUCUUUUGCAGAAAAUUUCUGCUGAUAUGGUUAAUUUGCUGAAUGUCACUGUUGAACACUUCAAAGAUAGUACAACUUGUUUUGAAGAGAACAACCAACAGAAUCCAUUGGAUGGUAGUUAUUAUGAGGCUCUUAUAGCUAAACUAUGUAGUUUGCUUGGUAAUAUACUGCAGCUUAAGGAGUCAAACAACAAAUUAUCCUCCGACUUGUUGAAGAAAGCACAUGACAUCGAGGAACUGAACAAAAGGUGUCUGGACACUGAUACAUUAUUAAAGCUCAUUUUGGAUGUCAAAGAAAUUCUGAAGGUUCAUGAUACAGAGGUGAAUUUAGAUGAAGCACCCGUUUUAAAUCUACAGUCUUUAGUGUUGUUGCUUGUUCAGAAAUUCAAGGAGCUAGAAGAGCAUGCCAGCUCAUCAGUAAAUGAAGUUAACUCUAGGGUGAUGGAGCUUGAUGAGUUGCGGGGCAAUGUGGAGUUGUUGAACUCUUUGAAAAUUCAGCUGGAGAAUGAAAACCUUGUUCUCAGGGCAAGCUUGAUCCAGGCAAAGGAUGGCUUUGAUGUUAUGCAGGCUGAGUUACUGCACAAAGUGAAGGAGCUUGAGCAGUCAGAGCAGCGGGUUUCUUCUGUAAGAGAAAAGCUUAGUAUCGCUGUUGCAAAAGGAAAAGGCUUGGUUGUGCAGCGUGACAGUCUUAAGCAAUCUUUGGCAGAGAUGUCAAGUGAACUUGAUAAAUGCUCACAGGAGUUGCAGUUGAAAGACUCUAGGCUUCUUGAGGUUGAAGAGAAAUUGAAGGACUAUUCAGAGGCUGGUGAACGCAUGGAAGCUCUAGAAUCUGAGCUGACAUAUAUCCGUAACUCCGCAACGGCACUGAGAGAGUCGUUUUUUCUGAAAGAUUCUUCCCUUCAGAGGAUCGAGGAGAUUUUGGAAGAUCUGGAGCUGCCAGAUCAUUUUCACUCUAAAGACAUCUUAGAGAAAGUUGAUUGGCUAGCCAAAACAGUUGCAGGCAAUUCUCUGCCGCCAGAUUGGGACCAGAGGAGUUCUGUUGGAGGAGGGUCAUUCUCAGAUGCUGGCUUUGUUGUUACAGAUGGAGGCAAGGAUGAUGUGCAACCUGCUUCAAAUUUGGACGAUGAUCCAAGAAGAAAAUAUGAAGAGCUGCAGACAAAAUUUUAUGAAUUGGCUGAACAAAAUGACAUGCUGGAGCAAUCAUUGAUGGAAAGGAAUAUUUUGGUGCAGAGAUGGGAGGAGAUUUUGGAUAGAAUAAAUACACCCACUCAGAUACGAUCUAUGGAGCCUGAAGAAAGGAUUCAUUGGUUAGGAACUGCCGUGUCAGAGGCCGACCACCACAUGAGGUCUCUUCAGCAGAAAAUUGAGAACCUUGAGGAUUAUUCUGAAUCACUGUCAAAUGAUCUAGAAAAAUCACAGAGAAAAAUAUAUGAAGUCGAAGCAGUUCUUCAUGAGAAGGAAAGCGCACUGUCUGAAGCCGAUGUCCACACAAAUUCUCUUCAGCAGAAGAUUGAUAACUUUGAAAGUUAUUGCGGGUCACUGUCCACAGACCUAAAAGAAUCAAGAAGAAGAAUAUCUGAGCUUGAAUCCUCUCUGCAUACAGUAAUUCAAGACAAGGAGACUCUUUCAAGUAGCUUGGUGACGUUGACUUCUGAUCGUGACAUAGCCUUGCACACAGUGGAGCAAUAUGAGCUUGAGCUGGACAGCUUAAGGAAAGAAGUUGUCGUUUUGCAGGGGAAUUUAGCAAAGAACCUUAGAAAUGAGGAUCAGCUUAACCAGAUUGAAAGUGACUUGAAGAGAUUACAGAGCUUAAUUCUUGAUGUGCUUCAGGAUUUUGAAACUGAAGAUGAGUCCUCUGGUGUCAGUAACAUUCAAGUCUUGGAAAAAAUGAUCAUAAAGCUUGUGAAUCGUGAUAGAGAAGUUGAUGCAGAAGGUCAAGAUCUUAAAGCAGGCGUUCAGGAGCGCACGUUGGAGCAUGCUGCAAAAUCAUUAAUGGUGACAGAUAUGGAGAAUGAGGAUCUCUAUGGAAAUGAUGUCAUGGAUAAAGAUGAUUUGAAGUCUAGAAGCGGAGUCCAUGAGGGGAAAAAUGUAGCAGAUCUGAGUCGAGAGCUUUCUGAGGCUUUGGAUGAAAUAGUAAUGCUUAGAGAGGAGAGAGAUUUGUACUUGCAGAAGAAUCAAUCUACGGUGACUGAACUGGAACAAUUAGAUAGGAGACAGAAGGAACUCCAGGAGCUUCUUAAUCAGGAAGAGCAGAAGUCAGCCUCUCUUCGUGAGAAGCUAAAUCUUGCGGUUAGAAAAGGCAAGUCACUCGUCCAACAAAGAGACGGUCUAAAGCAGAACAUUGAAGAGAUGAGUACCGAAAUUAAUCGAUUGAAAUCUAUGAUGAACGGCCAUGAAUCUUCUCUCGUGGAGUCUGGUCAGAAAAUAAGGGACUUGUGUCUCCAGAUAGAAGCAUACAAAGCAUUUGAAGCUGAGAACUUAUCCUUGAAAAAUCGCCUGAUAGAAGUUGAGCAACAGUUACAGCAAAACAGCCAUACAUUGAGCAUACUGCUUAGCAGACUAGGUGAGAUCAACACCGGUGAAGGAACUAAUGCUCAUGAUCCACUGCAGAAGUUAGAAGGAAUUGUAAAUAUGUUAUCUGAUCUACAACACUCUGCCGCAUCUUUUGAGCUCGAGGCAAAGAAAUCCAAAAAGUCCGCAGAGCUUCUGUUGGCUGAGUUAAAUGAAGUUCAGGAAAGGAAUGAUGGUCUGCAAGAAGAACUGGAAAUAGCCCAGAAUGAGAUCUCAAAACUCUCCAAGGAAAAGGAUCUUGUGAAUUCAGCCAAAAUUGAAGCUCUUUCUCAUGUAAGCAAAUUAUCUGGAGAGAGAGAGAAUCAACUUGCUGAACUGGAGAGGUUAAAAUCCAGUGUGCAUGAAGUGAAAAAAGUCUUUUUUGAUAUAUCUACUGUCAGUGAAGACAUGUUCGCAAAGGAUUUAGAGCUUCUGCAUGAUGUGAAGGCACAUAUGGAGUCUCGCUUGGAAAUUGGCUCAGAUCCGGUAUCUGCAAAAGAUCAUGGUGGCCUGGGCUCUGUUAAUUCCAGAUUCAAGGAUUUCUGGUCAAGAACUUCAUGGGGCAAUAAGAUCCCUGAUCCUAUAGAUGAGAGUGCUGACGUUGAAGUCUGUAAGGUUAUUGAACAGCAUCUUCAGCAGCUUAAAGAAACGAUUACUGAUUUUAAGGAGAGAAUACACAGUCAUUCAAUGUCAUUGAGAACGGAGGCUGAGUGGUUAUCGACUGCUGUUGGCACCAUGCGAAACGAAGUUGCUUCUCAAAGGAGCUCCUUGGAAUCUAUCAAGGAUGACAAUAUCCAUUUGGAAUCAGUCGGGAAAGAAAAAGACAUCGAGGGAGUUGUAUUGCGUAGAAGUAUAUCUCUUCUUUAUGAAACAUGCAUUAGCUCCAUUUUGGAGAUUGAAAAUAAAAAGGCACAACUGGUUGGAAAGAAUAUUUGUGUUGAGGAUCUGAGAAUCAACUUGCCUGCUUUACCUACAGCUGACGGCAUGAACUUUAGUGGGGUUGUUCUCUCGUCUUCUGAGGAAUCUGUAAAAUCUCUAGCUGAUAAGCUAUUGGUGGCUGUACGAGAUUUUGUUGAUAUCGGAAUAAAGGGCGUUGAAGGGCAAAGCAAAGAGAUGAAAACUACAAUAUCAGAUUUGCAGCAGGAGCUUCAAGAAAAGGAUAUCCAAAGGGAACGAAUAUGCAGGGAGCUUGUUAGCCAAAUCAAGGAAGCUGAAUCUACUGCAGCAAAUUGUUCUCGUGAUCUUCAAUCAAUGACGAAUUAUACUCAUGAUUUGGAGAACAAGCUGAAAGCACUAGGCAGAGACAGGACUUUGUUGGAACAAAGGGUUGCUGAAUUACAGGAGGAAUGUCUCAAUUCGGCUGAGUUAGGGGAAAAGGUUAAGUCAUUGUCUGCUGUGGUAGAUGCUAAAGAACAAGAAAUUGAAGCUCUGAUGCAAGCACUAGAGGAGGAGGAGAAUCAGAUGGAAUCCGUGAGAAGUGAGAUUGAAGAGCUGGAAAAAACAGUGCGGCAGAAGAAUAUAGAUUUGGAGAAUGUAGAGGCUUCUCGUGCUAAGGCCCUUAAGAAGCUCUCUGUUACUGUGAGCAAGUUUGAUGAGCUGCACCAUAUGUCCGAAGGUCUUCUCUCUGAAAUUGAAAAUCUUCAAACACAGUUGCAAGACCGAGAUGCAGAAAUUUCCUUCUUAAGGCAAGAGGUCACUAGAUGCACUAAUGAUGUCUUAGAAGCGACAAAGAUGGAAAAAGAACGAUUUUCUGGUGAACUUAAUGAUUUUUUGACUUGGUUGGAUACAAACUUCUCUUGUGUUCUGAAACGUGACGCCCAUGCUGUUGAUGGGAAUGUCAGUCAUCAUCCUGAAUACAAGGAGCAAGUUCAGAGAGACAUAACAUCCAUAAUAUCCGAACUGGAAGACUUGCGGCUUGCAGCACAAAGUAAGGAUACACUUCUACAAGCAGAACGGAAUAAGAUGGAAGAGUUAUUACACAGAAAAGAGGCUAUUGAAGCAUCGCUACAUGAGAAGGAGCUAUAUAUAAAUUCCCUCCAGGGUGUUGGGGUCUCUGGAUUAGGAACCUCUGAAAUCGUCGAGGUUGAACCAGUGUUGAACAAAUGGACACCACCAGUUCCUUCUUCUCAAGUCCGGAGUUUACGCAAAGUGAACAAUGACCAAGUGUCUAUUGCUAUUGAUACAGAUGCUGGAAGUUCUGGUAGAAUCGAGGAUGAAGAAGAUGAUAAAGUCCAUGGCUUCAAAUCACUUACAACAUCGAGGUUUGUCCCAAGAUUCACAAGGCCUGUCAGUGAUAUGAUUGAUGGUCUAUGGGUUUCUUGUGACCGAGCACUAAUGCGGCAACCUGCUUUUCGCCUCGGCAUCAUGAUUUAUUGGGCUGUAUUGCAUGCAUUUCUAGCCUCAUUCAUAGUUUGAAAAGUCUGCUAUUUAUAAAUGAAUCGGAAUUAAUGUGAAGUGAACAAGUUAAGGGAUGCUCUAGCUGUAAUGGUGAUUCACUGAUUUGUAUUUAACCGCAGUUUAGCUUUCAUGAUGCCGUGAAGAUUUAACUGGGAUUCGCUGCUGUUUUUAGUUUUGGGGAAUCUCAGUCAACUUUACAUUAUUCAAUAAUGAUACAGCAUUUUUGUUACAUGAUGGGAGUACAGCUAAAAUUUUGUGGGUUCUGCACACUUACAAACUUACAAGGGUUUCUGUAGGCUUAGAGCCGUGUACUAUGUACAAAAGAAUUAGUUAGCGCAUGCGGUUCUUGUUUUUGUGAAUUUAUAUUUGUUUGAUACGUCAAUUACAAUUGAAAUAGAAAAAUUACUGUAAUUUACUUGUUUUGGUUUAUGCCAAUGCUAGCUUAUAGCAAAUUUCAUUUCUGACUA